UUUAUUUUCUAGGCUCGUUUUUUGCAGAAAACAGGAGCUGUUGCUGGAAUAGUAUUAGAUAAUCAUCCUGGUACAAGUUCCAAAACAUCUCCAAUGUUUGCUAUGUCUGGUGAUGGGAAAGAUGAUGUUUCUAUUCCCAUGGUAUUCCUGUUUAGUGAAGAAGCUGAAGUUCUUAAAAGUGCUCACAAACAACAUCCUGAUCUGAGAGUUGGAAUCUAUGAAACCUCUAUCAUAUCAGAAGUUUAUGGAAGGACAAGUACUCCUGUAAGCACUUCUACAAAAGAAUCAGAGAACACUUCAAAAUUACAGUCAGGAACUGGAUUUGUCGAAUCUAAGCCUAACCCACAAUCUUUGCCAAAAUUUUUUGGGGAAGAUGAAUUUAUUACUGCUCAAAAGCGAGUUCAGUUAUUGCUCAGUAAACUUCACAAUCUGCAGCAGAUUAAAGUUGAUUUGGAUCAACUGUUGACAUUGACUCGGGAGUUUGGAGAUGAGUCACGCACCUCCUCAAAAGAUGGUAGCAACGCGUACCAGAAAGUGACUCGGGAAGCUGACUUCAAAGUUGCAGUAGAGCGACUCAUGAGGAAGGAAAAAAUACUAGAAAUUGAUCAAGAUGUGCAGGUUCUUCUAUCCCGUUUACGUCAGCUUGUUCAGUUUCAACCUUCUACAUCUAAUACCAAAGAGAGCUUGUCUGUUCUAGAAUUAAAUUGCAAAAGUAGCACAGUUAAUCCAUUGCACAGUAAGACUGCCUUUAUCCAUUUUAUAACUGACAAAUUAGGUGCUUCUAGUAACAAUAAAAAAUUUAGUGCUAAAGACUGCUGGGUAGAGACACCUGUUGGUGAAACUAGUGUCAGUGAACACAAUUCAUUUGCUGACAGAACUGAAGAAUCAUUCUCACUGCCAAAAGGAGACUUAUGACGACUGUAAUUAAUUGUUGAUUUAUUUAUUUUUAAACUGCUGUUGAGCAUUUCCUGUUUCAUUCCCUCCAUCAUUUCAUGCUCUUCUUUAAUAUUCUACUUUUCCAGUAAUGUUUUUCUUUUUAAUUUUCAAGACAAAUUAAUAUGUAAAUAUAGCUGAAAUUUUAAAUGUACAUCAUAAUUUAAUUUAUUGAAUGAAAAAGUAAUUCCUUUAGUUAUCUCUUUAUGUAGUUUUUGUUUCCGUGCUUAGAAACAGAUUUGUGAUGUUACCAGCAUGCUUUCUUAGAAAUUAUAUGAUGAGGGAAUCAAGAGUUUUGAGAACACUUUACUCAGUUUAUUGCAUUAACAUAGGAUCGGAGCAUUUCAAUUGGCUGUGUAAUUCAUAAUUACAGUCCUCAGAUAUUUCUGUGCUUCUAAGCUGCUAUUAAUAGACAUUUCAUCAAUUUUAGCACUUCAUUUAUUAGUUCAUUUUUAAUGACUGGUAUUUUUAAGGUACAAAUUAGAACUGCAUUUUGUGUGACAGUUGUUUCAUCUGGUAACUUUUUUGUUUGUUAAAAGACUAAUCCAAGCUCAUGUCCGUUAAAACGGAAACUUAUGUUUUGCUCUCUGAAUUAAUAGUAUUAUUUAAAUGGGAAAUUGUUUUACUUCCAAUUAAUUGCAGUGAGAAUUAUAUUUAUCAUCUUCUUUGCUCUAUAAUGCUGAGUUAUGUUAAACAAACCUUACUACUUUAUUUGAAAGAUGAUGCAAUGCAUUUUGUUUUAAUAUUUUGCAAAGAUCUGUGUGAAAAUCUGUAAUACAUUGAGGCAUAUCUGUCUCUUAAAUAUUUAUUCCAGAUCUGUCUUUAAAUUUUAUAUGUAAAUAUUUUAACAUUUUUACAUAAAUUUAGUUCCUCAAAAAUUUUAAAAAGUUAUUUUAAUAAUGUUACUCUAUUCUGAAUUAUGUAUAUUUAAGGGAAAAAAUGCUUCUGAUUUAUGUGUAGGAUUUAAUUGUAACAUAUAAUAUUGUAUUAUUGUUGAAAGUUAAAUAGAAUAUUUAGUUUGAGUUUUUAUAUUAGGUUAAAAUAUUUAUGUAGUCAGAAGGUAUAUGUAUAUAAAUUAUUAUGAAGAUAUACUAACAAGUAUCCAGUUGGUUAUUAGUGUCAUACUAUAUUUAUUAUGAUAAAUUUGCAAAAAGAAUUCUUCAUAAAUUAAAUGUAAGAGUUUUCAUAUUAUAGUUGGAAAAGCAAACAUUCUUUUGCUAUUAAAAAUGGAUUAGGGGUACAAUUCAAAACCCACUCUUUCAUUUUAACAGACUGUUUUAUAUAAUUGUAGAAUUUAAACAGAAACAAAUAUUUGUACUUUAAAAGAAAAUAAAUAUUUCUAAUAAUUUAACUUAUCUGUAAUUUUCUCUUAAGAUUUGCCUACCUGCUAGCAUGAAUGUUAUUUUCAUUGUGCUAGUUUUCCUGCAUGGUUGUUUAAAUGUUUUGGAAUUAAGCUAGCUGCAAUGAAUUUUUAUUUUUGUUUUAUGAAAUGAGACAAUUAGCUUUUGACUAAUAAUUAUUGAAUGUGAUAGUAAAUAAUGAAUGAAUAGUUUGUAUGUAUGCUGCAUCUGUGGAAUGUUAUGCUAAAUAAAAAUUGUAUAAUAAUAAUAUUCACUCUUUAUAUUGUUGUAAUGUAAAAGCAAAUCCAUGUGAACAGAUUUUAGGUCUUCAGUUUUUUAUUAAAAUCAUUCUCAACAUUUAUGAAUGUUUCCUUUGGCUUCAGCUAUGCACAAAUAUCUCAGAACUGGGUUGAAUUUAUAGAAUUCCAGAUUUUUUAAAAAUAAUAUAAAACUUUGUAACCUAAUUUUGGAAAAGUUUUUAUGUUGUUCUUGUUAGUAUUCUGCUACCUGUUUGUGAAAAUUUAUUGCACAUGAAAAAUUUAUAUUUGUCCAUCUUCAUUCUUUAAAGCUUUGAUAAGCAGUAGGCUGUAAUAAGAGAAAAAUUAGAUUCUUUGGACAGCUGUUUUAAUUGUCAUUAAAAAUUUAUGAAGAAAUAAAAUAUUUAAGAGAAAAGCAACCGUAAUACAUAGCAUAUUAAUUUCAAGUAAAGGGAAUGAAAUUAUUAAAAAUCAUGUUGAUACAACUUGUGAAAAUUGUAUGUACUUAAAAUUUAUUCUGUGUCAUUCUUCUUUGUGUUUUGAUUAGUUUUCUUAAACUAUAUAACCUGAGAUUGAUUUUUUUGCUUUCCCCCCCCUUUCAUUUCUUUACUGCUUGAUUAUUUAUAUCAGUUUUUGUUUUAGGAAGUCUUUCAUACUUUUGAGUGACUCCAAAAUUAAAAUUAAGAUUUGUCUUGUAAAUGAUGAUGUAAUAAUUUAAUAAUUUAUAAAAAAAUUCCUCUAAUAAUACCUUUUGUAUUCUGAAUUAAAAGCAGUAUUCUAAAAUGCCAUCAGUAAGUAUGCCAAAAUUUGUAUCUAGAUAACUGCUUUGAUAACUUUUAUCACAAAAGUAACACUUAUAUUUAUCUACAAAAUUUCUGUUAAAAGUUAUUAGAUUUUAGCAGAUGCUGUAUUUAUUACUAAAGAUCAAAUAAAAAGGAUUAAUAUAUUUAUAAAUUUAUCAUUAGCUUUAUUCUAAUAUAAUACUGAUCUGGGUUAUAUAAUCUAGUUUUCAAAUGCCAAGAAAACAGCAAGUAAUUAAUUAUUUUUCAUGCAAAUUUUAUUUCUUUUCCUGUGUACGUAAUGAACUGAUUCGAUAUAUUUGAGAAAGUUGAGGGAGAUUUUUCAGAAUGUGUAAAUUUUAUUAUUAUCAUGAUUAGAGUUUAAUUAAAAUGUAAAAUAUUGUAGGAGCAUGGGUUUUCAGUUUUUUUAUUAAAAUUAUUCUCAAUAUUUAUGAAUGUUUCCUUUGGCUUCAGCUAUGCACAAAUAUCUUAUUUUAAAAUUUUACAAAUAUAAUUUAAGAAAAAUUGUAUUUUAUUUAAAAAUUCAUAACUAUUAGUGUCUGAAACCAAGAAGUGAGUAUUAAAUUAUUCAUUAAAUACAAAGAGGGAGGCAUCUGAUCAACUCCAUAGUUAUUUUAAAUGCCUUUUUUAGUUAUGUACCUGUUUCAGUGAUAGACUUGUAUUGUAGGUAUGAUAAUUAAUUUGAUAUUUCAAUAUAUAAAAAAAUUAUGCCUUAGAUUUUUAUGUAUGUGUAUAAUGGAUUUGCAUUUUUACAAAUCUACGUGUUUUGACAAAGUGUUGUGUUUGUUCAGAAAAAUUAAUAUUAUUUUAAUGGCAUUCUGAUGUAUAAAUUUUUGAUAUGAACUGUUUUACAGUUUGUAUAAAGUUUUAGUUAGAAAAUCCACUCUAUAAUGCAAAAUCAGUUUACAAAAUGCAAGUUUAAAUUUAUUGUUCCUAUUUAACAUUUUGUUUUUAAUUAUCUUUGAAGUUUAUCAUAACUGAGCAAAGAACCUUAGAAUAGCUGUUAAUCUAUUAUUAUGAUUUCACAUGCACUGAGGAAAAGAUUCGUUUUUAUUAGCUUCAAUAAAAAAUUAAUGAGUCAGGUAAUAACUAUGUGAAACGUAAUUUUCCUGUGUAAAUUACACACUGGCAUUGGGAUUUUUAUUUAUUUGUUAUUUUUUUUAACCUUUGUUGUGUAGCAAGUAUUAUAAAACUGUUGCAUACUGUGAGUAAUAUUUUCUUUUUAAAGUUGCAUUUUUGACUUCAGUUUUAUUCUGUAAUGCUGUUUCACUUGUAUUAAUCAAACCAAUUUUAAAUUUUGGAUUUUUACUUAUUUUUUAUGAGUGUUAUAUGGUUGCUUUCUCUUUGAUGCAUGGAUGUUUUGUAACCAUCUGCCAGUAAAAACUUAAUGACAAUAGUUUAUAUUGUGCAAACUCCAAAAUCCGGGCAUCUUAUAUUCAGAAUGGUCUAAUAUUCAAGCCUUCAGACCACCAGGUUCCCCCCCCCAAAGAACAUUUAUGAAUAGAGAAACGAUACUCCAGGAAAAGUAGUUGUGUCAUAAGUGAUUUCCUCCUGACUAGCUGAGAUUUCUAUAUGUCACUUUCAAACAUCUGUUGGCCAGGGAAUUACACUAUUCUGGCUAAUUACAGCCCAUUGAUUAGCAUUAAUCAUGACACACUUUCAACACUUGAGUGAUUGUGGCUUUUUUUUGGGGGGGGAGGGCAAGGUAAUAUUUUACAAUCUGACCUAAGCUAUGAGUGAAACUCAAAGACAUAUUUGCUUGGAGAGUGGGGUGUUGCUAACAUUGGUUUUCUUUUGUUGGCAUUAUAUAGGAAAGUGAGAAAGAAUUGAAUUCUGAAGGAAUUAAAUUUAGUUAGAUAACAAAUUGCAUUCUUCCUUAACUAGUUUGAUUCAGUUCAUUAUUUGUUGCAGGCUAUUAUUAUAAUUCUCUUAUUAAAAUUAAAGCUUGAAUUUUCAAUUAUAUCAAAAAGACUUUCUAAUUCUGGUGCUGUAGUAGUAUUUGCAAAGCGAAAGCAUAUUUGGUACUUGUCCUCUAUGUUGGCCUUGGAACAGGAGAGAGAGUAAUUUUAAAAUUGGACAAAACAACAACCUUAUUUGCGUGCUAUAGAAAAUGAAAUUUUCCAGUUAAUUUAAUUUGUGAAAAAUGAUAAUAUGGACGAUGAUAUAACAGAGGUUUUUUAUUGGCAUGACAAUGCCCCAAUCAGAAUCAAUUAAUAAAUAGCGAAAUUUAUAGUGUGAUUUUAAAUCCAGAAAAUAUCACUACCAAUAGUUACGAAAGUGAGAAAGAGAUUUUUGAAAAUAGAAAGUGACUUGACAGUUUGGGAAUUCUUGACAUGAAAGUUACAGGAAUUUGUAUCUGAAUUAGAAAUCAUGUGUAUCUAAGAAAUUAAGGAGAAGAAAUUAACAUGAAGACUAAAUGGCUUUAAAAAACUUACAUUGAAAGAAAAGCUUAAUAAAACAAAUAAAUAUUGAGUUUUUUCUGUAAAUUUUGAUUUCUUUAAAUUCAUUGGUUCAUUAUUUUACAAGUUAUUUUAUAUUUUUAAUAUUAUAAUCUUACUUUUAUAUUUUUAAUUUUACAAUUUUUAUAAUUUUAUAAUCUUGCUAAAUUUAAACUGACACACAAAAUUUCUGAAAUCUGGAAUCGCUGAAGUUCUGACGAGUCUGGAGCUUGGACUUUGUACUCUAUAAUCUAUAUGUAGCCUUAUUUUCUUGCUUAUUAAUUGGGUUUGUACAAAUAGUUGAUCUGAUUUUAAAGUACAUUUGGUGAUUUUAAUUUGUGUUCUGAAAAUGUUUUUGUGUGAAAUAAGAUUUCAUGCCGCAAUGUUUAUAGAUGUGUUUAAAACUGAGAUCCAAAAAUCAUUUUCUUUGAUGCAAAUCUUCAGACCUGAAUCUUUUCCACUUUAUAAAAUUAUGGUUAAAAUGUUUUUAUUUCACUUCAUGUGUUACUGUAAAAGUUUGAAAUAGUAAAUCUUAGUGUAUCCUAAGAUUUACUAGUAUCAGUUGAAGUAUGUAAUGAAAGAUUCAAAUUUGGGCCUUUACCAUCUGUCAACAGUAAUUGUUGAAGCUUACUAGUGCAGAGUGGUAAAAGUAAAUUCAAAUAGUUUUGGUGUAGCUUUAAUAUGUGAAUCUUUCACACACUGUAUACAAUAGUGUUUACAAAUAUUAUUUCUUGCCUUAGAUCUGUUAAAAUGAAUAUCUAAAGUAUAAAAUAUUAUUUGCAAGUAAUAAAUAUUGAAAUAAAAUAGUGCUAUGUUGAAUGAUGUGAGAGCUUCAAAUACAUCAAUCCAUUUCUUCUAAUGAGUUGUUCAAAGAGUUUUUAAUAAAAGAUUAUGAAAAUUC